GGAACCACCGCAAAAGAUGCCUGAUCUACGACCUCACACAGCGCGGCGCCUGAAUGUAAGUCCUGACGAUGGCUUCAGGCUACGAGAGUGACUACAAAACGGGAGCCCAUCGCUACCAAAAUUGCAUCAGCCACAUCGACUUCAUACCAUUCGGUUCAUCGCUUUCGCAAAUACAACCUCUGGCAGGCCUCUGUUCGUUGCACAUAAUCGUUUUAAUCACAUUCAAUACCCGUGGUCAAGAUGCGCACCUCUACCACAUCAGCGCUCACCCUUUUGAGCAUGUUGUCGGCCUCAAUGGCUCUCCCUACUACGCAGCUUACCACCCGACAAGCUAACGCAUGCUUCGUAAUCGGAAAAACCUCCCUCCCUGGUGAAGUCGCCGACACAGUUGCUGCAAUUCAAAGCGCCGUUACCUGCUCCACCACAGCAACAACCAUCUCCAACGUCCCCGACGUCUCAUCUGGCGGCGCCACUUUCUCCGCUAUCGACUUCUCCACGUCUUCGCAAACACCCCUUGAAUUUGCGCUCUCGAAAUUCGCGACCGCAGACCCCCUCGCAGACACAGACUUGCAGACCUUCCAGGAUAACCUCAAUGUUUACCUCGCCACUGAAGCGGGUAUCAGGAGUGUAGGAGGCAGCCUAGCCAUCAAGGUGCCGAAGUUCUUCUUGCAGAUGCAGGUCUCUAGGAUUCAGACGGCACAGGGCAACCCGCCAGCGGCAGCGGGACAGCAGGUGGAUCACCUAAGGGACAAGGUCACUAAGAACGCAGGGGGUGAGGAUAAAGCGUUGUUGGACCAAGUUAUAGCGCUUGCUACCCAACUGCAGUGAGAUGUUAACAGGACUCUGCGGAGAUAAUGCGUUAGUAAUCAAAUUCGAGUUCAGCACUUUGGUACACAAUGUCUACCUACCCACGCUAAAUCUGACCACGCCAACAAUUCACACGCGAUUCCCAGGCCUGGUUGUCGGGAUCCAUUGCCCCGGUAGCGGCUUGAUGA